UGUGGCGCGCGGAGGGGAAAUGGCUGCCGAAAACAAGCCGGAAGAUGAACAUGGACAUUUGAAAAUCUACCUGCCCAAGAAGCUUCUGGAAUGCCUUCCCAAAUGCUCCUCCCUGCCCAAGGAGAGACAUCGCUGGAACACCAACGAGGAGAUUGCGGCCUACUUGAUUACAUUUGAAAAACAUGAGGAGUGGCUGACGACGUCCCCCAAAACCAGGCCGCAGAAUGGGUCUAUGAUCCUCUACAACAGGAAGAAGGUGAAGUACAGAAAAGAUGGGUACUGCUGGAAGAAGAGGAAAGAUGGGAAAACCACACGGGAGGAUCACAUGAAGCUCAAAGUGCAGGGAGUCGAGUGUCUGUACGGCUGCUAUGUCCAUUCCUCCAUCAUUCCUACGUUCCACCGCCGCUGUUACUGGCUGCUGCAGAACCCUGACAUUGUGCUGGUCCACUACCUGAACGUGCCCGCCAUAGAGGAUUGUGGGAAACCAUGCGGGCCCAUCCUCUGCUCCAUCAACACGGAUAAGAAAGAGUGGGCCAAAUGGACCAAGGAAGAACUCAUCGGGCAGCUCAAACCCAUGUUUCAUGGCAUCAAGUGGACUUGCAGCAACGGGAAUAGCAGCACUGGCUUCUCAGCAGAGCAGCUCGUGCAGCAAAUUCUGGACAGCCACCAGACCAAACCACCUCCCCGGACUCACAACUGCCUCUGCACGGGAAACCUGGGUGCUGGGAGCAGCCUGCAUCACAAAUGCAACAGUGCCAAACACCGUAUCAUUUCCCCGAAAGUGGACCCACGUACCGGAGGUGCCUACAGUAGCACCCACUCUGAGGUUCAAAACAACGACGUGUCAGAGGGAAAGACGGAGCACAGCCACGGCAGGGGCAAAAAUGGCAGGGCAGGGGGUGACAGUGCCAGUGGAACGGGUAGCCGAGAGAAAAGGAACGGCAAGGUGCACAAGCCAGCGCUCCUCCACCAGAACAGCAUGGAGGUGUCCUCAUCCAACCAGGUGGAAGUGCCAGAUACCACCCAGAGCUCACCUGUCUCCAUUAGCAGUGGGCUAAACUCUGACCCUGAUAUAGCCGACAGUCCCGUGGUGACAGGAAUGGGCCACGUAGCCUCGGUAAUGAGCAGUCUAUCUCAGUCCGCUACUGUAUUCAUGUCAGAGGUCUCUGGAGACCCUGUCUAUAGCAUGUCCCCCACUGUAGACCCCAACACUCACCUCUUGGGUCCUGACACAGCCUCAAGCAGUCUGGUCUUAGCAGUGACAGCCGACAGUCACAAAUUUGCCUUUGCUGGAGCGGUUGGAGUGGGUUUAGCAGACGCAGGAUCCACGGAUGGACUUUCUAUGCUGUCUACAGCCAGCGUGUCUGAAGAGCUGGUGCUGUCUAGUAACCUGGAAUCUGGAAGUAUCAAGCUGCCUGAGACCGAUAUGAAUUUUGACCCCGAUUGCUUCCUCAACAACCCCAAGCAAGGUCAGACCUAUGGUGGAAAUGGGCUGAAAACUGAGGAGUGCAACAGGAGCAGCUGCAGUAACAGAGGGCUGCGGUGUUCCCCACCACUCAACGACAACGGUUAUGGCUUCAACGCCUCUCUGGUGAAGAACAUCAAAACGGAGGACAUGUCAUUUGAACAACAGUUGGCUACAGAGGCUGGCUAUCAGGUUGGAGAAGUGGUGAGAGGUGCCGUUGGUAUCUCUGGUUCCUCAAACAGUGGUUCUGCCCAAAACUCACUGGCUCUGACUCCCACUGGUUCACUGCUGCCGUCUGGAGGUGGACUCAGUCCCAGUACUACCCUUGAGCAGAUGGAUUUCAGUGCAAUUGAUGCCAAGCAAGACUAUCCAUCCAGUGUUAUGUCAGCAGCGGGCUAUGGCCAAUCUAUCGCCAGCUCUCACCUGGCCCACCAGAGUCACUCCCCCAGCUUCUUCCUGCAAGGUUCUCCACAGUCCCAAACCCAGACCCACCAGAACAACUCCAGUUCGACCCAGAACUCUCACGACUCCAAUGCCUACAUGGGCCUGUCUGUCGUCAAGACAGACUCAACAGGAACUAAUGGGCAUCUCCACCACCAUCACCAUACCCACCCCAGCCAGCACACUGCCUCUAACUGCAACGGCGGCUCUCCCACCGAACGGAAUGGACAGGCCGGGUCACUCCAGCUUCUGCAGUACCAGAACCGCUUUCCAACCCCAGGUCAGGAGCAUGAAGAAGUGGGUGGUUUGGAACAGCCAAUAGGAGCAGGACAAGGAGAAGGAGGUGUUCAAGAGAAGGACUCGAAUGGUCUUAUGAAACCAGGAGACCACUUGCAGCCUAGUGAAGGAGGAGAAACUGAGGGUGUAGGUGGCGCAGAUCACUACCUCCAGCAACCAACGGAAGGUGGUGGAGUCGGGCCAGGAUCUGGAGGAACGAGCGCAAGGGCAGAAGGUGGAACGCUGUGCAAUGACACCGAAGGAAAUGCAACCACAAACAGCCCCCAUCAACAGCUCCAGCCGCUCCUGCAAGGAGCCGGUUUGGUGCAGGGGCUUUUUAGCUCCGUAGGCACCCACCAGAGCCUGGGCAGUAGUGGAACCAACGGAGGAGGCUCCAUGGAGAUCAACCUGGACCAUUUUGACGUUUCCUUCGGGAAUCAGUUCUCAGAUCUCAUCAAUGACUUCAUUUCAGUGGAGGGUGGAAGCGGUACGGCAGUAGUGGGGGGCAGCAAUGCUCUCUACAGCCAUCAGCUAAUGACCCAUUCGGGAACAGAGGGGCAGGUCUCCUCUGGAACUGCUGCGCAACAAGGUGCAGACGAAGUAGCUCAUGGGGCAAGGGGGUACAAUUCUGCAGACCUCUGCCUGCAGCCCUGUUGCAGCCCACAGUCUACGCAAGCUGGGGCGGUGACAGGCGAGGCAGGACAACUGGCAUACAUGCAGGUGGCCGAGGCCGUGUCAGCAGCUGUGGCGCACGGAAACAUGGGAAUGUUACAGGCUACCGAAAGGCUGUUUGUGGUGACGGACUAUUCUCCAGAGUGGUCUUAUCCUGAGGGUGGUGUGAAGGUGCUGAUCACCGGUCCAUGGCAGGAGGCCAGCAGUGAAUAUACCUGUCUGUUUGAUCAGAUAACAGUUCCAGCCUCCCUCAUCCAGCCCGGGGUGCUACGUUGUUACUGCCCAGCUCAUGACACAGGCCUGGUGACCCUGCAGGUGGCAGCCAGCAGUCAAAUCAUCUCCAAUUCAGUGGUGUUUGAGUAUAAAGCCCGUGCCCUGCCUGCCCUGCCCUCCUCUCAACACGACUGGCUCUCACUGGAUGAUAACCAGUUUAGAAUGUCCAUCCUGGAACGCCUAGAGCAGAUGGAGCGAAGGAUGGCAGAGAUGGCCGGUCAGCAACAGCAACAGAGCAGUGGAGGACCAUCUGAGAGUGGAGGAACUGGAACAGGAGGAGGAGAAGGAGGAAGAAGCCAUUCUGAACAGGUACAGUUCUCACCAGGUCAGGGUCAGAGCCAGGAUGAAGGUCCGGCUGGCAACUCUUUUGAGAGCCGUGUGGUGGUAGUUUGUGAAAAGAUGAUGAACCGCGCUUGCUGGGCCAAAUCCAAGCACCUGAUCCACUCCAAGACAUUCCGAGGCAUGACUCUUCUUCAUCUGGCAGCCGCCCAGGGCUACACCACCCUUAUCCAAACACUUAUCAAGUGGCGCACUAAGCAUGCAGACAGUAUUGACCUAGAACUUGAGGUCGAUCCUCUAAAUGUGGAUCAUUUCUCUUGCACACCACUGAUGUGGGCUUGUGCUUUGGGUCAUAUGGAGGCAGCAGUGGUUCUGUACAAAUGGGAUCGACGAGCUUUGGCCAUUCCAGAUUCUUUGGGUCGCUUACCGCUGGCUAUUGCCCGCUCCCGUGGCCACACCAAGCUGGCCGAGUGUCUGGAAAGCCUUCAAAGGGAGGAGCAGCAGUCAGGAGCACUGACUACAACUUCCAGCAUGCCUUUCUCACCAUCUACUGAGGCCUCAGCUGCAGAGGGAUGGAUGAAUGUUUGGGGUGCAGAGGCAUGUUCAGUUGGGCUGAAAGAAAGCAACAUCCCUAGCUCUGCUUCCAGCUCCAGUUCAGACCUGAGGAGACCCAGGUCGGAACCAUCCAGUUUCUAUAGCAGCGUUAGUCACGGGGACGCCCCGUUGAGCAAGAAACACAAACCCAACCCUGAGACCCUUCAAACUCGGCCCAGCAAAUCCUGCUCUGCCCCUCUCGGACUAGAAGAACAUGCCCACAAACCUAAAACGUUCCCUUCCAAACCAAGGGAGGGUACUGUGGAGAAAGAGCAGGGAGAUGGUGAGCAGUCUCAGACUAAGCUGGGCUCAACUUGUGGAGGUGGGUACUGGGGUUCCAGACAGGCUGCAGGACGCAGAGUGCCAACUGUAGGACUUGGCAAGGAAAGGCUCGCAAACAGACUGAGAUUAAGAGAGAUUGCUAGUGCGGGAACAGUCUCCGAUCUGCGGACAACCCGAGAAGAUCUGGAGAACACAGGAGACCUGCAGAACACGAACAUGAUGACUUUGGCGGAAGAAGUCAUUGAGGCGACAUCUGAUCGCAUCAAGAGAGAAAACUUUGUUGCAUCAGACACUACACUAGAUGGCGUUGGAGUCAGCAGCACCAUGAGCUGGUUGGCCAGUUACCUUGGAGAUGCGGAGAGGUUCCUGUUUAACAAGCCCCUAACUUCCUCUUCUGGCCUGGGCCCAGUCCACAGUGGAGGACAGCCAGAACUUGACGGUCCUCUUGGGAAGCUUGGCCUCCAGUCCCCCGCUGAAUGGACUGCGCUCCUCAAUGCCUCCCACAACAAGGAGGAGCGUGACCUGACCCAGCUGGCCUUGUCUGAUCCCGAACAGAGAGAACUUUACGAGGCAGCCCGCCAGGUCCAGAACACCUUCCGCAAAUACAAGGGCCGUCCGCUUCGGGAGCAGCAGGAACUGGCAGCUGCUGUCAUUCAGCGCUGUUAUAAGAGGUACAAGCAGCUGACACGGAUAGCCUUGAAGUAUGCACUUUAUAAGAAGAUGACGCUGGCCGCCAUCCUUAUCCAGAGUAAAUUCCGCAGCUACCACGAACAGAAGAAGUUCCAGCAGAGUCGCAGGGCAGCCGUGCUGAUCCAGCAAUUUUACCGCAGCUACAAAGAGCUCGGCCAGCCUAACCCACGAAGCCGAGCCACGGCAGCUGCACUGGUGCAGCACAAACUCAGAAGCAGUUUACUGACCAAGAGACAAGACCAGGCUGCCAGAAAAAUAAUGCGGUUUCUGCUGCGGUGCCGUCACAGCCCCUUGAUGGACCAUAGACUAUUCAAACGGGGCGAAAGAAUUGAGAAAGGCCAAGGAACAUGAGAACGCCGCAAAGAGCCCCGUCGCAAUGUAACAUCUCCAAGCGGACUCUUUCUCUUCCUCUACAUUGCGUUUUUACAAGAGACAAACAAUUUACGAAAAAAGCAAAAAUUAUUCAGGAAGCGGAACACGGAAGAUCAUCGGAAAUGCGACGGUUGAACUCGAGCAGCAUUGUGACUGAUUCUGCUCCUGCAUUGUGUAAUUUCUCGUUACGGGGAACUGAAAUAAGACUAUUGGGGAAAUGUGACAUUAUCUUCAUGGCAUUUUUGCACUCUUCAUAGAUUUUUUUUCUUUAGAUUACACAAAAAGCAAAAGGAAGACCAAGGAGCAAAGGCUUUUUAUUCCGACCGGCGCUUGUAAAAUAGCACGCGACACGAACAGAUCAACAUCAGAAAAACAUCAUGCUGGAAGCCGCUUCAGGUUACAUUUUUAUAUUUUGAAAGGAAAAUAAUACAACAAUCAGUUUGGGGUAAAAAAAAAAAAAGAACAAAACCUAGAAAAUGUAAACCAAAAAAGGCCUCAUUUCAGUGACCAUAUGCAUGCAGAGUAUUUGAAAUCAGUCUCUCAUCUCCACAGAUCUUUGUUUUUGACAAAUGCUGUCCGUUCAUUCAAAGGGAAGCCUUCAUAUGAAUGUAGAUGGGGUCAGGGCAAAAAUGCUGGGUUUGAAAUAUCAGUGUCUUUAUGGGGAUUUAGGAGACUUCUGACGACAACUUGGGGGAUUGAAGCGAAGCCCUCUGGGUUACUGUUUCGUGUGCACUGUUUUCAACUUUCUUAUGGGUCUUUUUCUUAAUGUCAUUUUGCUGGCCUGACUUUGUGUGUCCCGUGUUUGUUGAAUUGAAUCUGGAUACAGUGCAUGUGUUUGAGCAAAACGCUCCUGCAUGCUAUGUAAAUGUUUUGUGUUUUAUUUUCAUUCAUUCAUAUUGGUGAUAUUGUGGCACCAUGAAACUGGACCGUAUAAGCCUGUUUGUUUCUGAGUAUACUGUUAUAAAGGCCAUUAUUUUUAUAUAGUUCAGUUAUUUAUUUAUUAGCUUUAU